AUCCAAUUCAGCACACAGAUGGUUCGAUUUCAUGCCAAGAAUCCAGGAGAGCUCUCCCGUCAAAGAAAGAGACGUGUCCUCGCAGAAACCCCGCUCGCCUUCGCUUCCCUUCUUACCUGUUCCUGUCAGGAAAAACAUCCACCCACCGGUCCAAUUCCAAAGCUUCGCAACGAAGAAACGGAGGAGAGAGGAGACCAAAGAAAAAGGCCAGCACACCAAGGCCAGAAGGGGGGAACUUCUCUGCUCCUCCCGCCCGCCCGGCCCCAUCGAUCCUGCCUGCCGAUCGAGAGGUCUGGUUUCUUGCUCGGUUGCUCCGUCAUGACUGGACCUGCGGAGGAGGCGCCCGCCGCCGCUUCGCCGCCGGCGCCGGCCUCGCCGCCGGACAGCAUCACGGAGGAGGCGCCGGCGGCGAGGUCCCGGGGGUUCUGGCUCCUCGGGGAGGACAAGUCCGUGCACAGGGCCCUUGGUGGGGGUAAAACUGCUGAUGUACUGUUGUGGAAAGACAAGAAGACCUCUGCUGCAGUAGUCGGUGGUGCAACUAUCCUUUGGGUUCUGUUCGAAGUUGUCGAAUACCAUCUCCUGACUCUGGUAUCUCAUGUGCUGAUUGUUGCACUGACGAUCUUGUUCCUCUGGGCUAAUGCAACUGUCUUCAUCAAUAAGAGUCCUCCUAAUGUUCCUGAAGUGCAGAUAUCUGAAGAGCUUGCUGUGAACAUUGCCCUUAGGCUGCGUGCAGACAUCAACAAAGCGCUUGGCUUGCUUCGGGAGAUUGCUAUGGGCCAUGACCUGAUGAAGUUCCUAGGAGUGAUCGUUGCACUCUGGAUUCUCUCGGAAGUUGGAGAGCUCUGUGAUCUCCUGAGACUGAUGUACAUUGGUAAUGGGUCUUUAAGCUCUGAAAACUCUGUUCUAGUAAUUCUCUGAGCUCCCACUCUAGUCUAGUUAUCUAACAUAAGCUUGCCCAACAGUGGUCCUGAUUCUCCACACGGUGCCGAUACUGUACCACAAGUACCAGGACCAGGUGGACGAUUUCGCUGCGAAGGCACACGCGGAGCUCUGCAAGCAGUACAAGGUCCUGGACGCCAAGGUCCUGAGCAAGAUUCCCAGGGCUCCACUGAAAGACAAGAAGCAAAACUAGAACGAGGAUCAAAUCAGUGGACCUGGAGGACGACACGCGACUUGUCUUGGUUCUGAUGGGCUGUACAUAUUUUCUGUUUGGUUAGUAUCUAUUGUCUUGUCAAUAAUUGUGUGGUGAGAAUCUGUAGAAAAUAGUGGUAUGAUAUGGAUGGUGGUUUGGUUUGAUGGGCGAGUACACGAGUGCAUAUUUUCUGUUUGGUUGAUCUCAGAUGUUCUACCAGCUAGUAUCUAAUCUGACUGUAGUUGUGAAGAUAGAUCGUAUAUAUAACUAUGUUCGAUGUGUCCUGGUUA